GACCCCGCAAAACCUUACGAAAUGCCUUUUGCCCACACGCUCAACAUUUUAUGAGAACAUUUUAAAGCCUAACAAGAAGUUGAGAGAGACGCGCUGUGGUGUUGGAGCGCAAACGACACAGUUUCGAAAAACAAAAACAAACAAACAAAAAAAAAGACAAGUCGAGACAUCACUCAGUGAUUUCUAGUUGGAAUUGAACAAUGUCGGCGUCACUUGCACCUUUAGGUCCGAGGAGAGCCAGAAAGAGGAGCGGCCCCACGGUGUCCACGCUCAUCCUCAACGCCGUCUCCUCCCACGAGGGCCCGCGCGGCGUGUCGCUGGUGGCCCUCAAGAAGGUGCUGAAGGCCAGCGGCUACGACGUGAUCCGGAACAGAGGCCGGAUCCGCCUCACCAUCCGGAGGCUGGUGACGCAGAAGUACAUCCGGCGCACCAGAGGCAAAGGAGUUUCCGGCUCCUUCAAGAUCAACGCCAAGGCGCUUGCGCGACGCGGCGCUAGGAAGGGCCGGCGGAGGAGGAGGAGGAGGAGGAGGGGGCGGAGGAGGGAAGCCGGAGCGGCCGGGGGGAGGAGGAGGAGGAGGAGGAACCCCAGGAGGGGCCGCUCCAGGGGGAGGCGCAGGAGGACCACCCCUCCGGUGAAAAAGAGGCCAGCCCGGAGGAGGAGUAGGAGAGCCCCGAGAAGAAGAUCCAGGAAGCCUAGGGUGGUCAAACGCAGGAGGCCUCAACCCACCAACACCCGCAGCAGGAGGAGGAGGAGGAGGAGGGUGUAUUAGGACCCCCAAAAAGGUGGUCCUGGCAUCCAGACGGCACAUAUGGACUAAUAAUGUAUUGAUAAUGAAGCUAUAUUUUUCCUUCUAUAAUAAGGACUAAUAAUCCUGCUGUCU